UUUUUCCGACCGCCGCUGAUUGUCGGCUGGUUUUAGGCGCGCGAGGAGAUUUGAAGUGCGUGAGGUAACGGUCGGCGCGUUUAUUCAGAAUCUUGUGAGCGGCGGUUCGGGGUUAGAAGACUUUACGGAGAAUACCGGGAGAAGCAAAGGCCAUGGAGACUGAACCUUUGAGACCACUCUUUGAGAACAAGACUUCAGUGGAUAAAGUAAAGAAACGUGAUGACAAGCGGCUUUCUGUUGAGAGAAUCUAUCAAAAGAAGACACAGUUGGAGCAUAUAUUGCUCCGUCCGGAUACCUACAUUGGCUCGGUGGAGCCAGUUACUCAGCAAAUGUGGGUAUAUGAUGAAGGGGAAGGACUAAACUGCAGGGAUGUGACAUUUGUUCCUGGCUUGUAUAAAAUCUUUGAUGAAAUUUUGGUAAAUGCCGCAGAUAACAAGCAAAGGGACCCAUCUAUGUCCUGUAUAAAGAUCACAAUUGAUCCUGAGAACAAUACAAUUAGUGUGUGGAAUAAUGGGAAAGGUAUUCCUGUUGUUGAACACAAGGUAGAGAAAGUUUUUGUUCCUGCCCUGAUCUUUGGACAGCUGUUGACUUCUAGUAAUUACGAUGAUGAACAAAAGAAAGUUACAGGCGGCCGUAAUGGUUAUGGUGCCAAACUGUGUAACAUUUUCAGUAACAAGUUUACUGUGGAAACGGCUUGUCGAGAAUACAGAAAGAUUUUUAAACAGUCCUGGAUGAACAACAUGUCGAGCACCACAGAAUCAAAAAUUAAGUCAUUUGAUGGAGAAGAUUACACUUGUAUCACUUUCCAACCAGACCUGAGUAAAUUUAAGAUGCAGAUUCUGGACAAGGAUAUUGUGGCUCUGAUGUCACGAAGAGCAUAUGAUGUUGCUGGAUCUUCCAAGGGUGUCAAAGUCUUCCUAAAUGGAACUAGACUUCCUGUGUCUGGCUUCCUUAGUUAUGUGGACUUAUACAUUAAGGAUAAGUUGGAUGAGACUGGUAACCCACUGAGAGUGCUGCACGAGGUGGUCAAUGAUCGCUGGGAGGUCUGCUUGACCAUGAGUGAAAAGGGCUUCCAACAAAUAAGCUUUGUCAACAGCAUUGCUACCACAAAAGGUGGCAGGCACGUUGACUAUGUUGCUGACCAGAUUACAACUAAACUUAUUGAAGUAGUAAAAAGGAGGAAUAAGGGUGGCAUCUCGGUGAAGCCUUUCCAGAUAAAAAAUCAUAUGUGGAUCUUUGUGAAUGCUUUGAUUGAGAACCCAACAUUUGACUCUCAGACAAAGGAGAACAUGACGUUGCAAUCAAAAAGCUUUGGGUCUAAAUGUCUGUUGUCUGAAAAGUUUAUUAAGGCUGCAAGCAGUUGUGGGAUUGUAGAAAGCAUCUUGAACUGGGUGAAGUUUAAAGCUCAGAGUAUGCUAAAUAAGAAGUGUUCUGCUGUGAAGCACACAAAGAUCAAGGGUGUACCAAAACUAGAUGAUGCCAACGAUGCUGGUAGCAAACACUCUCUUGAUUGCACACUUAUCCUGACUGAAGGAGACUCGGCCAAAACAUUGGCUGUGUCUGGUCUCGGUGUGGUGGGAAGAGACAGAUAUGGAGUGUUCCCACUUAGAGGCAAACUUCUCAACGUCAGGGAAGCUUCUCACAAGCAGAUUAUGGAGAAUGCUGAAAUAAACAACAUCAUUAAAAUUGUAGGACUGCAAUAUAAGAAGAAAUACGAGGACACAGAGUCUCUGAAGACUCUUCGCUAUGGAAAGAUCAUGAUCAUGACAGAUCAGGAUCAAGAUGGUUCCCACAUCAAGGGAUUGCUAAUCAACUUCAUCCAUCACAACUGGCCUUCUCUGCUCAAGCAUCGCUUUCUGGAGGAGUUUAUCACUCCCAUUAUCAAGGUCUCUAAAAACAAGCAGGAGCUCUCAUUCUACAGUAUCCCAGAAUUUGAUGAGUGGAAGAACAGCACAGACGGUCACAAAAGCUGGAAAAUAAAGUACUACAAAGGUCUGGGGACGAGCACAUCCAAAGAGGCUAAAGAAUAUUUUGCUGAUAUGGAGAGGCAUCGGAUUCUUUUCAAAUAUGAUGGCCCAAUGGAUGAUGCUGCGAUCACCUUGGCCUUUAGCCGCAAGAAGGUGGAUGACCGCAAGGAAUGGCUGACCAAUUUCAUGCAAGACAGAAGGGAGAGGAGGCUGCAUGGUCUGCCUGAGGAUUUCUUGUAUGGGAAAACCACCAAGUACUUAACCUACAAUGACUUUAUUAACAAAGAACUUAUUUUGUUCUCAAAUUCUGACAAUGAGAGAUCCAUCCCUUCACUUGUUGAUGGUUUGAAGCCUGGCCAGAGAAAAGUUUUGUAUACCUGCUUCAAAAGGAAUGACAAGAGGGAGGUAAAAGUGGCCCAGCUGGCUGGCUCUGUAGCAGAGAUGUCUGCGUACCAUCACGGUGAGACAUCCUUGAUGAUGACAAUCAUCAACUUGGCACAAAACUUUGUGGGCAGCAACAAUAUCAACCUUUUGCAACCCAUUGGUCAGUUUGGUACCAGAUUGCACGGUGGAAAAGAUGCUGCCAGUCCUCGAUACAUCUUCACCAUGCUGAGCACACUGGCUCGACUUCUCUUUCCCCCGAUGGAUGAUAGCGUUUUAAAAUUUAUUUAUGACGAUAACCAGAAGGUCGAACCUGAGUGGUACAUUCCUAUCAUACCCACUGUCCUGGUAAAUGGUGCCGAGGGCAUUGGUACCGGCUGGUCUUGCAGAAUACCAAACUAUGACACCCGAGAGAUUGUAAACAACAUUCGCAGACUGCUGGAUGGAGAAGAUCCUCAGCCAAUGCUUCCCAGUUAUAAGAAUUUCAAAGGUGUAAUUGAAGAGCUUGGUCCAAAUCACUACGUUAUGAACGGUGAAUUGUCUGUGCUGGAUACAACAACCAUAGAAAUAUCAGAGCUUCCAAUCAGGACAUGGACCCAGAAUUACAAAGAGCAGGUUUUGGAGCCUAUGUUGAACGGGUCAGAAAAAACUCCUCCUCUAAUCACAGACUAUAAGGAGUACCACACGGACACCACUGUGAGGUUUGUCAUCAAGAUGACAGAGGAGAAGUUAGCAGAGGCUGAAGCAGCUGGCCUCCACAAAGUCUUCAAGCUUCAAACCCCUCUCACGUGUAACUCUAUGGUACUUUUUGACCAUGUGGGUUGCUUAAGAAAAUAUGAAACCACCCUGGACAUUUUGAAGGAAUUCUUUGAGCUGCGCCUUCGUUACUACGGACUAAGGAAGGACUGGAUGGUGGGAAUGUUAACAGCAGAAGCCUCUAAGCUUACUAACCAAGCAAGAUUCAUUCUUGAGAAGAUUGAGGGCAAGAUUGUGAUUGAAAACAAGCCCAAGAAGGAGCUAAUCCAACUACUUAUCCAGAGAGGGUAUGAUUCCGACCCCGUCAAGGUUUGGAAGCAAACUCAAGAGAAGGAGGAAGCUGGAGAGAUGAUUGAGGAGGAAGAGGAAGAAGCAGAAGCUAAAUCCUCAGGGCCAGAUUUUAAUUACCUUCUCAACAUGCCCUUGUGGUAUCUGACCAAGGAGAAGAAGGAUGAGCUCUGCAAGCAGAGGGAUACUAAGGUUGGUGAACUCAACGAUAUAAAGAGGAAGUCACCUGGUGACUUGUGGAAGGCGGAUCUUGCUGCUUUUAUCGAGGAACUAGAUCGCGUAGAGGCCAAAGAACGGGAAGAUGAGCAAUCCUCCCGUGCUGGAAAAGUGGUGAAGGGUAAGAGCGGAAGACCUCAAGUGAAGAAAAUGCAGUUACAAGAGAUCCUUCCAUCUCCUCAUGGCAGACGGGUUAUCCCAAGGGUCACUACAGCUAUGAAAGCAGAGGCCACAAGGAAAAUUAAACGGCGGGUAAAGGGUGAGGAUAUUGCAAAGAAGAUGGAGUUUGGUGAUGGUGAGAAUGAAGACUCUGUGAAUUCUCCAGAAAACAGUCCAGAAUCCAUAAGCCUUGCAGAAAGGUUGGCUAAGAAAAUGAAAACAGAACCAGGUACAAAAGCUGUAAAGGGGAAGAAGCAGGCUACUCUACCUUUCAUGCCAGUGAAGAAAGAGCCCGAGCCUGCAAUGUUUGUUUCAGGCAGUAACUCUGAAGACGAGGUAGUGCCACGUGCUGCUCAGCCGCGUCGUGCUGCUUCGAGCGUAAGAUACAAUCUGUACUCUGGUGACGAAAGCGAGGAGGAGAGUGGUACUAAGAAAUCCCAGGACAUGAGUGAUGAUGAUUUUGCUGGUAAUCUCAGUGCACCCUCAGACUCUGAGGACGACUCAUUUGUGAUCCCCAAACCUGCUCGCAAACCCAGGGCUGCACCCAAGAAAACAGAAAAAUCCAAAAAGGCUGAUAGUCCAGAGAACCCCCCUGCACAGCCACAGAAAGCCAUAGCUCCAACAGCAGCUCCUUCAACUGGUCAGGUAAUUGCAGUUGACAGUGAUGAUGAGGGCUCAGUAAAACCAAGCCUGUCUGUUGCUCCAGCCCCAGCAGCAGCUGAGAAACCUGCACCCAAGAAGCGUGUGAAGAAAGCUGGCCCUGCACCUACAAAGAAAGACAAUCAGCCAUCUAUUUUGGAUGCUCUUUCCAAACCAAAGCCAGCAAAAUCCACUGCAGCAAAAAAAGCUCGCUCCAGUUCCGAGGAUGGCAAUCCUGCUCCCAAGAAAACUACAAAAACCACAAAAUCUCGCAAGAGGAAGACCUCUGAAACUGACGACUCUGGCUCAGAUUUUGGACCUAGGAAGAAAACCACAGCAGUCAAAAAAAUGAAGCCUGCAGCUGAAGACUUCUCUUCUGGUUCUGAUAGCGGGGGAAAUAUUGUUCCCCGUGCACGGCCUGGACGUGCUAAGAAAGCGGUCACAUACCUGGAGGAUUCGGACAAUGAAAUGUUCUGAAUUGGUUAGAUUGAAGGAGCGGAAGUAAUAUUGCAUUUGGGUUGUUACCAUCUAUUUUUUAAAUGGCAGCUAUGAAAGUGGUUUUAUUGGAAAAAUGUAAUGUUUUAAAUGCAGGUUGCCCAACGUUAUAUGACUUGUACAGAUAUUGAGCGUCUUUGCUGUUUACAGUUAAUCCUAGCUGUGUCACAGUGCACUGUUUUAAUUUUAAUGAAAUUGCCCUUUAUAAAUGCAAGUUAGUUAACAUGAUUUUGCAGGGGGAGUCCAAGUUUGUUACCAUUAUUGUGUAAGGCAUAGAAUUUAAGUAAAAAUGUCCCAUGCUGACUGUUAUGUAGCGGUGACAUUUCAAUCUGGAUCGGAACCCAUACGCUAAAGGGGUUUAAAGUGCGGCACAACCUCAUUCGAUGCAAGCCUUUGACCUCUAACCCCCAGCACUUGCUUGUUUGUGUGUUGUGUAUAUAUUUUUAUGUGCAUACAUUUGUUAAGAGUUUGUAAUAAAGUACAUUUUUACAA